UUCCGAGAUGAAGUAAAGUAAAGCGCAGCCGCACAGAGAGAAGACAUGAACUGACAAUCUGAAGUCUCUAGACGGGCUAUGUCCAGACAAUACAUUUGGGCUCUGGGAUGUUCACGGACUCGACCCUCAUGGACUUUUCCUUUUGUCCAAAUCUACAUAGGACGUGGCGAUUGUGUUAAUCCAAGUAGCCUAGAUUAGGUUCAUUUGCCAGAGAGAGAGAAAAAAAAGAAACGUGCAUUUUAAAAAAGGAGAGAAACCUGGAAUACUAUUGUGAAACAGGAAUGGUUUAUCCUCCCGAAGGUUUAUUCUACAUCGAAAUGGAUCAAGCACCACCAGCGCUCCCCCCCAGGUCAGCAAAGCCAGUGUCUUCCACCAUGAACAACAACUGCCUUUCACCACCUGCGUAUGCGCUGCAGGACGCCGAAUGGUACUGGGGAGACAUAACGAGGGAUGAAGUAAACGAGAAACUCCGGGACACACCUGAUGGCUCCUUUCUGGUGCGCGACGCAUCCACAAAGCUGCAGGGAGACUUUACGCUGACGUUACGGAAAGACGGGCACAACAAACUGAUAAAGAUUUACCACCGCGAUGGGAAGUACGGCUUCUCGGACCCCCUCACGUUUACUUCGGUGGUGGAGCUCAUUUGGCACUAUCAGCACCAUCCCCUGGUGGAGUAUAACGCCACUCUGGACCUGAUGCUCACCCAUCCCGUGUCCCGCUUCCAGCAGGUGAGAGAGGACAACGUGGACGUUGCUGGUAGGAAAUUGAAGGAGGUCCACAGUCAGUACCAAGAGAAGUCAAAGGAGUUCGACCGUCUUUACGAAGCCUUCACGAAGACCUCACAGCAGGAGAUCCAGAUGAAGCGUACAGCAAUAGAGGCCUUUAACGAGACGAUGCUGAUCUUCGAGGAGCAGUGUCGUGAGCAGGAGCGCUACGGGGAGGAGUUCGAGAGGAACAGUAUUACAGAGGGAGUUGACAAAGAUCUGGAGAGGUUCCUGAUAAAUUAUGAGAAGCUCAAGUGCCGUCUCGGGGAGAUCUAUGACAGCAAAAUCCACCUAGAGGAAGACUUGAGGACACAGGUGGAGGACUACAGAGAGACGGACAGGAAGAUCAACAGCUUGCGGCCAGACCUCAUCCAGCUACGCAACAUCAGAGACCAGUACCUCAACUGGCUCAAUCACAAAGGCGUUCGGCAGAAACGCAUAAACGACUGGCUGGGGGUUCACAGCGACAGCCUGGACGACACGUACGUGUUGAAGGGAGACGAGAAGAACCUGCCGCAUCAGGACGAGGCAAGUUGGUUCGUCGGCGAACUGAGUCGGACGCAGGCCGAGGAGAUGCUUCAAGAUAAAGCUCCCGGAACAUUCCUGAUACGGGAGAGCAGCAAACAGGGAUGUUACGCCUGCUCUGUUGUAGUGAACGAAGAAGUGAAGCAUUGCAUGAUCUACAGCACACCGCACGGAUACGGCUUCGCCGAGCCCUACGACGCCCACUGCUCACUGAAAGACCUUGUCCUGCACUAUCGCCUGCACUCCUUAGCGCAACACAAUGACGCCCUGGAUGUUCGGCUGUCACAUCCAGUGCACGCCAACGCUGCAGCCACGCCUUCUCAGCACGCAGAGGAACACAAACUGUUACAGACUCCAAAACACACGUCAUCGGGGCUGCCGCCCGCCGCUCCAGAAAUGUAACCCCAACGGAGAGAGACAAAAAGGACAUGUUUACUGUACGCUGCGAGAAUGACUGCAACAAGGUGCAUCGUGUAAAGUUUUGCACUACAGUGAUUCCAUCGGUUUUUUUGUGAAUGGGAUUUCACAGAUUGAAGUGGGAACCUGAACUUGAAUGUCAGCUUGAACCUUUUUUUUUUUCUUUUUCUUUUUUUUUUUGUCAUUUUUGUUUUCAAAGAGACUGUUUAAGCUUUCAAACUGAUUUUUGUACUUCAUUUAUUGACGUUUGUUUUAAUGGGCACCUUUUUCGGUAAGGGAUGCUGACCACCUGAAAUUUGCUCACUGACAUCGGGUGCUGCACCUUCGUACAAGUCGAUGUUGAUGUCCAUUUCCUGAGAGAAAGUUUAUUCCAUUCAGAAAAUUUGACCAAUAUGUUAGACAUGAACAUAUAUAUACUGGGUUGCUACUACAAAGUGCUUUUUGUGUGGGUAAAAAAAAAAAAAAAAAAUGGUGCUGUAAACAGGCUGAUUCCAUCAUACCAGUUUGGUGGACCAAACCAUUUUUUCUGGGUAAAAUGCAAUGUGUGAAUAUGUGAAAAGUCGUGGUGCAUCUUGACUCUUUGCCCCUUCCUUAACAGACAUUCAUAUAGAGCGGAUAAUUAUGUAGCAUUAACAUCCUGUAGAAUACCAUAGUAAAAGCAUACUCAAUGUUAUACCCAUUGGCAAAGCACUUAAUAGUGAGCAAAACUACAUCCCUGUUUAGUCCGGUAAUUGCAUUUGGGCAAGGGUAGGGCAAUUAAUGUACACCUGCUGAUGUGCUGAUCAAAACAUAAUCUGAAGUACUGUAUGUUAUAUUCUGUUACUCUAAAGAAGUAUAAGCUUUUUGUAUUCUAUAUAUAUUUUUUCUAUAAACAUGCCACAAGAUGAAAGCUUGAAGAAAGUGCAAUCCAACAGUAUUUCUAUUGUUGCAAUGUAUGACGAUGAUGAUGGUGGUGGUGGUGGUGAAGGUAAUGCUGUUACGAGAGGUUGACAUUUGCCACAAAAAUGCACUCUCUUUUGGUGGUGUCGGUAUGAUGUGGCCUCCGAUGUUUGUGUGAACUGCCAGAGGUCCGGAAGUAUCCUGCCUCCAUUACUUGAACUGUGGCAUUGCUCGAGCUAUGAAUGUUUUUUUAAUGACAUGCAGCCUACAUAGCUUAAGAGGAAAGGAAUCCAUGUUGAACUUGGCACAUUUUUCAAGUUUGAGGACAAUAGAUACUCUGUACAGAGAAACCGUGAAAUGUAUUUCUGAGGUUGGUUUGUGGAAGGAGGUUGAUUAAGGCUCUUAAAAAUACAUAACUCCACCGGGGGACUGAGGAAACUUCCUCGGGUGAAGCUAAGCAAUGUGAGAUCCUGACCUUUUUCUUGCUGAAAGACAAUAAACUGAUGAGGGUUUUGUCAACUAA